ACGAGCCGGAGGACCGCUUCAGCCUAGAGCAGCCUCGCGGCCACUGGGGAAAGGCGGGUUUAGGGGGUGCUUCCGCUUCCUGUCCAGCAGUGGAUGAACGGCGGUUGGAGUGCGACAUGGCAACCACGGCGGCGACCACCAAGGUUCCCGAGGUGCGGGACGUGACGCGAAUCGAGCGCAUUGGUGCUCACUCCCACAUCCGAGGCUUGGGGUUGGAUGAUGCUCUGGAGCCAAGACAGGUGUCCCAGGGAAUGGUGGGGCAGCUGGCUGCCCGGCGGGCUGCUGGCGUGGUGUUGGAGAUGAUCCGGGAGGGAAAGAUAGCUGGCCGGGCAGUGCUCAUUGCCGGGCAGCCUGGCACAGGAAAGACAGCCAUCGCCAUGGGUAAAUGGGAGAGGGCUGGCCAGGCCCUGGGACCCGACACACCUUUUCCUACCGCCAUCGCUGGCAGCGAAAUCUUCUCUUUGGAGAUGAGCAAGACAGAGGCCCUGACCCAGGCCUUCCGCAGGUCCAUUGGGGUCCGAAUAAAGGAAGAGACAGAAAUCAUCGAAGGGGUGGUGGAGAUCCAGAUUGACCGUCCUGCUACAGGCACCGGCUCCAAGGUGGGGAAGUUGACGCUGAAGACAACAGAGAUGGAGACUGUCUAUGACCUGGGCACAAAGAUGAUUGAGUCCCUCACCAAGGAGAAGGUCCAGGCAGGAGAUGUCAUCACCAUCGAUAAGGCCACGGGGAAGAUAUCGAAACUGGGACGUUCCUUUACGCGAGCCCGGGACUAUGAUGCCAUGGGCUCCCAGACCAAGUUUGUUCAGUGCCCAGAUGGGGAACUUCAGAAGAGAAAGGAGGUUGUGCAUACAGUGUCUCUCCAUGAGAUUGAUGUCAUCAACUCACGCACGCAAGGCUUCCUGGCCCUCUUCUCAGGUGACACGGGGGAGAUCAAGUCAGAGGUACGGGAGCAGAUCAACGCCAAGGUGGCUGAGUGGCGAGAGGAGGGCAAAGCGGAGAUCAUCCCAGGGGUGUUGUUCAUAGAUGAGGUCCACAUGCUUGACAUCGAGAGCUUCUCUUUCCUUAACCGGGCUCUGGAGAGUGACAUGGCCCCCGUGCUCAUCAUGGCCACCAACCGAGGCAUCACCAGAAUCCGGGGGACGAGCUACCAGAGCCCCCACGGGAUUCCCAUUGACCUGCUGGACCGGCUGCUCAUCGUCUCUACCACACCUUACAGUGAGAAGGACACAAAGCAGAUUCUCCGAAUUCGGUGUGAGGAGGAAGAUGUGGAGAUGAGUGAAGACGCUUACACAGUUCUCACUCGAAUCGGGUUGGAGACCUCUCUGCGCUAUGCCAUCCAGCUCAUCACAGCCGCCAGCCUGGUGUGUCGGAAGCGAAAGGGCACUGAGGUACAGGUGGAUGAUAUAAAGCGGGUGUACUCUCUUUUCCUGGACGAAUCCCGAUCCACACAGUACAUGAAGGAGUACCAAGAUGCUUUUCUCUUUAACGAGCUGAAAGGCGAAACCAUGGACACAUCCUGAGCUUCCUCUCUGCUUUUCUGAGUUGUGAUCUUCUGACUUUGUAUAAAAUUGUUCUGGAAACUUCA